UGCGGGCCCCGCAGCCGGCAGGCGGUGCGCAGUGACUGGCAGCCCUUGGGGGGAUCCGGACCGUGACAACCACUGAGAGCUAGUGUGCCGGAGGAAGUUAAAUGCCUGUAUCCUAUUGCCUUUCAAUGGGCAAUAGGCGCCAAACUCUGGUUCUUGGAAAUCCCAGCCUGGAAAUUAACUUCAGGACAUAAUAGGGACAAUCAAAAGAGAUUCUGCUUCAUGAACAAUGACUCUGGGGUCCUCAUUCUUUUUUGCCCCUUGCCACAAAUGCGGACUCUCGCGUGUGCAGCAAGUCACACGCUGUGUUACCAGUUCUUGCUGUUUUACUACAAACCUUGCUGGAGUCGAUUGAUUACGUGAGACUCUCAUGGUUUUGGGUUGGAGAGUAGCUGCUAGUAUUGCCUGGUCAGUACUACUGCUACCUCUGUGUACAGCAGUCUUCAUAAGUAUUAGCAGCAUUGACUUGUUUCAUCCUAUACAAUGGAUUUCAAACUCGUUCAACGACUGGUAUACUUCCUAUGUCAUCUUUUGUAUCCUACUUAUGUCAGUGGUGAUACUGAUAAUAAGCAUCUUCAGUGUUGAAUUUUAUGCAGUUGUGCCUUCUAUUCCUUGCUCUCGAUUAGCACUGUUAGGAAAGAUUAUUCACCCAUGGCAAGUUAUCCAUUCAGUUGUUCAUGCUAUAAUGGGAAUGCUGGUGGCAUGGUGUGCUGCAGUUAUGACUAAGGGGAAGUUCCAGUUCCUCGCUGUACCCUGCACAGCUUCAGAAAGCUUAGAUGGUGCUGUUCAACACAUGUGCCUAAAUGAAUAUCACCUCUUCCUCCUGCUGUCUGGAGCUUUCAUGGGCUACAAUUAUAGUCUCUUGUACCUUGUUAACAAUAUGAACUAUUUGCCAUUUCCAGUCAUACAGCAAUACAAGUACUUACGUUUCAGAAGAUCUUUGCCUCUGCUGGUUAAACGUAGUUGUGUGGAAUCAUUGUACUUGGUUAGAAACGUCUGUGUUGCAUAUUAUUUUUUUGGUUACAUUCCAAGAGCAUGGAUAAGUACCACAAUGGACCUUAAUAUAGAUAGUAAACUUCAUCCUCUUGACACACUUACUGGUCUUCUGGAUCUAUCCUUGCUCUACCAUACCUGGUUAUGUGGUAUAUUUCUUCUGAUUACUUGGCACAUUGCAUGGUUACUCUUCAAAAUCUAUGCUACAGAGGCACAUCCUUUUCCUGUUCAACCAACUUUCGCAGAGGAAACAGACCAAUGCCUGCCUAAAAUCUUAAACAGCAACCCUCCCCUUCUUAUAAAGUUCUUGGCCUUACAGGAUUUGAUGUUACUUUCCCAGUAUUCUCCUGUGCGACGACAAGAGGUCUUUAGCCUCAGUCAGCCAGGUGGGCAUCCUCACAACUGGACAGCAAUAUCAAAGGAGUGCUUGAAUCUUUUGAGUGACUUGACACAGAAGCUGAUUAUGCAGCAGGAAGCUGCAGCUGCAAAUGGGAGAGUGAAUCAGCCGUCUACAAGAGAAUUAGGAAGAUCCUUGAGCUCUUCAGAAGCGGCUGUUACAGAAGAAAUGGCCUUCCAGACACAGAGGUCUAAUGUCGUGUCUAGAACCCACAUGCCUUCCCUGGUUAAAUCAUCCCUCUUGCCUUUAAAGGCAUUGUCUACAUCUGAUCUUGGAAGCUCUUUUGGUUCACCUUUCAGUUCUCCUUCUUCUCUAAAUCGCAAGGCUGGAAUUCUGGAUUUAAACUCUCCUUGGAAUGGAUCAAUCCAAAGUCCUCAUGUUAUGAGAAGAGGACCAAAGCUGUGGACGUCAAGUUCAGAUCUGCAAAUGAAUGGCUCUCAUCCAGCGUCCUUCCCUGUGAUCUCUGUUGCAAGAAUUGGUAAUGAAGCAAUACAGCCAAGCUUUAUUUAUACAUGGCUCCAGAACAAGCAAGAGCAGGUUAGGAAUUUCUUGUCAAAACGAGUGCUGAUAAUGUAUUUCUUCAGCAAGCAUCCAGAGGCCUCGAUCCAGGCUGUCUUUUCUGAUGCCCAAAUGCAUAUUUGGGCAUUAGAAGGUCUAUCUCGUUUGGUUGCGGCCUCAUUUACUGAAGAUCGAUUUGGAGUUGUCCAAACUACAUUGCCAGCUAUUCUGAAUACCUUACUGACUCUUCAGGAGGUUGUAGAUAAGCAUUUCAAGCUGCCUCAUGCUUCUAGCAAACCUCCCAGGAUUUCGGGAAGUCUGAUGGAUACCUCCUACAAAACGCUACGAUUUGCGCUUAGAGCAUCCCUGAAAACUGCGAUAUAUCGGAUCACUACUACUUUUGGAGAACAUCUAAAUGCAGUUCAAGUGUCUGCAGAGCAUAAGAAAAGACUUCAGCAGUUCUUGGAGUUCAAAGAAUAGUUAAGUAAAUUAAAUAGGUUACAUUGCUGAUACUGCUACAGAUGGACAGUAUAUGUUUAGCAUUCUUGAACUGGAAGAAAGUGGGACUAAUCAGUCUUCCUAUCUUGUUUUGGUGGCCUUUUCAAAAAGUGUAUUUUAAAUGUAAAUCAUGGAGUGCAACUCUUAGCAGAACUACAAAAAACUUCUGUUUGGAUGACUUUACUUGAUCUUUUGUAUAAUAAAGCUCUUUUUUUAAAAGAAAA